CUGGCUAGUGAGCUGGCUGGUUAGCUAAUGAGCUCAGGAGGGGUGGGGGAGCAGAGGCUGGAAGCUGCCGGGCUGACAAGACAGUCACUGGGCGAGAACCAAAGCUGUUCCUGAUUAUAUCAGUUCAGAGGCUCCUCAGCUCCGCUCACAACAUGGGAGCCACCAGCCCUGGUGAGGAAGGAUUUCAGUCAGCCGUGAUUCCUAAAUACUCCCUGAUGGGACCGUUCAAGGGACACAUGUGCACAAAGAGUAGCCCAUUUUGUUCCGGAUCAUCGUCUAAGUUGUCUGCACAGUUUAUCAUUCAAGAUCAUAUGGCUAUGCAUUAUAGCAAACUACUUUCAACCAAAGCUGCUGUUGAUUCUUCUGAACCAGAAAGCAUGUCUGCCAGCAUUAAGUAUAAAGAUCAGCAAAAAAGGGAGAAGCUUAAAAUAGCAGUAAGGAUGUAUCAGAAGGAAAUUCUUCACCUUCGUUCCACAUCCCCAAUCAAUCACAUGUCACUCUCUCCAAAAACAGGAAUAAAUUUUUCUGCAAAAGAGAUGUCUUUUGUGAAUAGAACGGUCUCUAAUCGAGAAACAUCACCCAGUACCUCGGGCCAUAAUGUGCCACCAAAGCAAACAAGUGCAGAGUUUCUGGGCCCAAAAAAGGAAACUUCUUUUAGUCUGUCUCCUUGCAGAAGUCCCUUGCCAUUUCCCUCAGCUGCUGCGAUUGCCAGAGAUGUUGUGCAGGAUAUUCUUCACUGUGCUCCACCACUCCGUACACAGUACAAAACAAGCAGCCUCAGGAGACUAGUGACUCCAUUCAGCCACCCAGUACCCUCUGUAGACCAACGUCUGAUGAACAAACCUUUUCAAGAUCCUCAGAAGAAAACAUUUAAUGGAGAUAUUCUUGAUAAACAUGCUGAAUGCUUUACGGAAGAAAGCCAGCCCUUCACUCCAAGAAUCUUGAAGAAAACAGCCAAGUCAUUUCUUUCUAAGUACAGGUUUUACACAGCGCCCAAAAAGGAGAAGGUCUCGUCAGAACUGCCCAUGACGAACAAAGGGAAGAACGCUGCAACUGGCAUCGGCAGAUUGACAGAAGUUCCUUCUCUUUACAGUUACCAGGACAAAGACUAUGAGAUAUGGCAUCAAACGCAGGAAUUCAAAGCCACAAGUUGGUUUAGAAAACCACGUAAAUCUACCACCGUGAAAACAGAUCUGAUAGCAUGGGAAAAUGAAUUGAAAUAUCUGCAGUUUCUCAAAGAAGUAACAGAUGAUGUACUCCUCCGAGGUUAUCAUUCUAACAAGUUCCUGGAGAAGGUUUUCGAAAGGCACAUUGAAAGAAGCAAACACAAUCUCAGUGAGGUUAGGAUGAGAAACAUGCUGCAGGAAUUAAGAAAUGAGCUGAAAGCCAAGACAAAGGUUAGCUGCAUUGAGCCACAGGACUGCAGUAUGGGUGCCUCUUCACUUUGGCAAAGCAUCAUCCACACCAACUCUGGAUUAAAUAAUGAACCAAACCUGGUUAGAGAUGAUCAGCACGGAAAACAUGUCAUCAGAACAAUCCCCGAGAUCUCAGAGCUGGACACAACUGAAAAAAUCUAUAUAAAACCUCAGAAAAUCAAUGAGAUUGAGGAACUGAGGAAUACUCUGUCUUCAAUGCUCUGUACACCAGAUCAAAAUCUUUAAAGGAAUUCUGUCAAGCAGAGCUACUGUUGAAAACUCAAGAGCACACAUCACAAUAAUUGCAACUACACAGAAGUAACCGAGUGUACCAUCUAACGAAUGUUACAGAUGCAUUUGAACUGGAGGUUUGUAAAAGUGGCUUCAGAAUGUUCUGUGGAAAAAAUCAUUCUGCUCUUUCAAUACCCAUAUUUAUAGUCCCAUUGUUUAGUGUUUUCCUACUCUUUAGCCCAGGAGCUAUCCCUUACCUUUACAGCUGAAGGCUGCUUGAUAUCAACCGACAGUGAGCUUCCAACAUCCUACUGUUCACUUCUGUACCAUAUGUUCUGGAUUCAAACCCCAGAGUCCGUUUUGUAUUUCACCAUUGAGUUUCAGAAAAUUGUUUAAAAAAGUGCAGUCUCCGUGUCUAACAGGUCUGGAAUUGUCCAAAGAAUUCUAGCCAGUUUAUCUGGUUCAUUAAUCAUAAUGUAGAGCUGUAUAUUUUCCCUUAAUCCUGCAAACCAAAAUACUAAAGGGUAGGUUAACGCUAGCUGGACAACUACAACUCCUUAAUGGUACUUUGUGAUGAUACUUCUGGUGACUGUAACUGUUUCAUUCUCAACCCCCUCCCAUCAAAACGUUAUGCUCUCAGCUACUCAUUGCAUCUACUUACAUACACAAGAAGAAAACCUGUGCACUGGCCUUCAAUACAGAAGUUUUGUUAUAUUGGAAUCACCCAUACUACAUUUUGAUUCCAUGAUGGGAGAACUAAGGUGAUAUAAUCAAUUGGCUAAGCUUACAAAUGAAAUUUUCAUAGAACUUUAAUCCAU